AUGGGGACAGGACGGCGCAGCCAGUCCCUUCGAGAACCCCGGCCCUCCUAUGGCAAGCUCCAAGAGCCCUGGGGAAAGCCUCAGGAGGGUCAACUUCGCAGGGCACUGAGCCUCAGACAGGGGCGCAGGAAGUCCAAGUCCCAGGGACUCGAUGGAAGCAUGGGAGAGCUGGACUGCCCCAGUCAGGAGCGGCAGCCGGGAGGCCUGGGGGACACAGAGCAACUGAUCCAAGCCCAGCGAGGAGGCAGCAGGCGAUGGCUGAGGCAGUACCAACAGCAGGUAAGAAGAAGAUGGGAGAGUUUUCUUGCCAGCUUCCCGAAUGUGACCCUGAGCCGGCCAGCCUCCCCAGAACCCCCGAUGGACACCACAAGCUAA